AAGAUGCUUUGGGUGAACUUCAUUCAGGGAAUAAUUUUCCUUUUUCUCACUGGACCUGGAAUUUGGGGGAACACACUCAUAUUCAUAAGAUACUUCUAUAUAAUUGUUUUUAUUCCUGAGAAAAAACCCAUAAGCUUUAUCAUCAUUCACCUGGCUUUCUCAAAUGCAGCCAUUAUUUGUACUACAGGAAUCAGAGAUCUAGCCCCAGUUUUCUACUUCAGAAACUUCCUAGGUAGCACUGCUUGUAAAACUGUGGUUUACCUGGGGCGGGUGGCGCGGGGCCUCUCCAUCUGCACCACCUGUCUGCUCAGCGUGGUCCAAGCCAUCACCAUUGGUCCCAGGACCACGCUGUGGGGAAAGCUUCGGCCGCGGACUCCAUGGCAAGUCCUGCCCUAUUUCUUCCUCUUCUGGGUCUCUAGCCUUCUGGUAAGCUCCAACUUGCUCUGGACCAUCACAGCAGUCAGCAGCAUGAACAGAUCUGAAGUUGCAAUGUACGCUGGUGGUUGUUACUUACUGCCUUCCAGACACAUGGUCCAGUGGCUUUUCCUCGCUCUCAUGGCUCUUCGGGACGUCCUCUUCCAGGGUCUCAUGGGCUGGAGCAGCGGCCUCAUAGCUCUCCGUCUGUAUGAACAUCACAAGCGCGUGCUCUACCUGCGCAGCUCCCGGCUGGCAAACGGUUCCAGCCCGGAAAUCAGAGCCAUGCUAAGCACCCUCAUUCUCAUGGCUUGUUUCCUUUUCUUUUUUUGGACAGAUUUCAUGUUCUCCUUCUACAUAGGUUCCACUGUGACAAAUGAAAGUACACUGCUGUAUAUUAAAAUCUUUCUAGAGCUUGGUUAUUCCAUUCUCAGCCCCUUUGUGUUGAUGCACAGGGAUGUUCGUGUCAGUAAACAAAGGCAAAUUCAAGGAGGAAUAUGUGGAACGACCUUCUACACCAAUUCUUCCAUAAACUAA